AAACAUCAUUUGUGACCUCUCUUAAGCCAGGGAAACCCAGAAACUGGUGCACCGUUUCCUUUUGCAAACUAACUAAAUAAACAAGCAAAAUGGCCAACAAGCUCGUCACAGUGUUCCUCAUGUGCUGCGUCGUUGCUGCGGCGUUGAACAUCCACACGGUGGUAGCAGCCACCGACGAGAAGUUCAAGGCAUGCUUCAACACAUGCGAGAGCGAGUGCAAAGCCGAUGGCAAUGGCUCAACCUUCUGCGAGAUGAAGUGCGAUGGUGAUUGCACGGCCAAGGAAGUUGCCGAUAAACUGAACAUUAAGCUACCUUGAUCAAAGCAGUGAGGAACUUUGCCAGCAUAUUUUGUUUCCCCAAAAGAGAGCAAAUGAUGUAAUGAAAUCCUUUGUACUCAAGACAAGGAAUUGAUCAAUCCUAUUAAAAAUAUUUUAUUGAUCA